CUUGCAGCAUGUUUCUGUGAAAUCAAAACAAAUAAAAACUCGAAAUACUUAAAUCAUUUAAAAUAUGGAAAUUAGAAACAACGAUCCCGGAGCCGUUCAAUAUGGCAACUUCUUCAACUAUUAUCAGUUCAGUUCCGCCACGGAGCGCGUGAAACUGUUACCGGAUGCGGACAUAUGGCUACCAGCCCUGGAGGAUGGAGAAUCCCAAAGGGAUAAACCCUAUUUCAUCCUGGAUGUGGGCUGCAAUUGCGGCGUGCUCACUCAACUCAUGCAUAAGUACCUUGAGGAACGUCUUCCCAGAUCUGUGAAAGUCCUGGGUGUGGAUAUAGACCCUCGGCUGAUUCAACGUGCCACCGAGGAGAAUGAAUCCCCGGAAGAUGUGAGCUACGCGUGCGUGGAUGUCCUCGAUGAUGAUGCCUUUGAAUCCGUGAAAACCUAUAUGGAGGUGAAUAAUCUCCAGAAGUUUGAUGCAAUUUGCUGCUAUUCCAUUACCAUGUGGAUUCACUUGAAUCACCAUGAUCAAGGCCUGCGAUUCUUUCUGCAGAAGCUCUCCAAUCUGGCAGAGCUCCUGGUGGUGGAACCACAACCCUGGAAAUGCUAUCAGAAAGCAGAGAGACGCCUGAAAAAAGCAGGAGAGAUAUUUCCUCUUUUCCUGGAACUCAAGUGGCGAUCUGAUGUGGAUCUUCAGAUACAAAAGUACCUGGAAGAGUCGCUAGACCGCAGAAAGAUAUUCGAAUCCCCACCAACUAAAUGGCAGCGAAAGAUCUGCUUCUACAGAUGAUAAUUCAGCAACUAAAUUGGACAACCUUUCAACUGGCUGAUAAGGAAAUAAAAUCUUUAAAGUUACAAACUGAAACUAGUCCACGUUGAGCUUUCUGAAG